GUCCCCGGUCCCCGCGGAGCGUAUAAAAGUCCCUCGUCCCAACCACACCACCCGCCUCAUCAUCCCUUCCUCUUUCAUCGACACACAGCAUACAUACAGCAUACAAUACACGAAUCAUGGCGCCCUUGAUGGAUACAAACACCUCUUCUACCUCGACUGCGGCUCACGUCGGUAGUGCCGAGGUUGUCGCCUCGAACUCGAACUUGAGUGUGUCUAAGCCCAGUGCUAUCAAGCUCGAUGGCGUUCGUGGGCCUUCGAGCCGUGAUAUCAUGAUUUUCUCGGAUUUCGAUGGUACUAUCUUCAUGCAAGACUCCGGCCACGUCCUCUUCGACCACUUUGGCUGCGGCCCCGAACAACGCGCACAAUGGGACCGCGAGAUCCACGACGGAACCCGCUCCUUCCGCGAAGUCUCCGAAGACAUGUGGAACUCCCUCAACGUCCCCUUCGACGACGGCUUCGAAAUCAUGCGCGAAAAAAUGGAGAUCGAUCCCGAUUUCAAGCACUUUCACAAAUUCUGCUUGAAGAACGAGAUCCCGUUCAAUGUUAUCUCUGCUGGUGUCAAGCCCGUGUUGAGGCGCGUGUUGGAGGACUUUUUGGGGGAGAAGGAUGCGGCGCAUAUUGAUAUUGUCGCGAAUGAUAUGAAUAUCGCUGAGGAUGGUUCGCAGUGGGAGAUUCAGUGGCGUCAUGACACCCCGCUCGGCCACGACAAAGCCGCCUCGAUUCAGGAAUACAAGCAACCCGGCGAGUCAGGUCAACCCCCAAUGAUCAUCUUCAUCGGUGACGGCGUCUCCGACCUCCCCGCCGCCCGCGAAGCCGACGUCCUCUUCGCCCGCCGCGGCCUCCGUCUCGAAGAAUACUGCAUCGAACACUCUAUCCCAUUCAUCGCCUUCGACACCUUCCGCGACAUCGAGAAUGAGCUCCGCCGUAUCUUGAUUGAGGAUGAGAGGUCUAUUUUGGAGGUUGGGACGCCAAAGUACUUUAACCCUAGGGCGAACUUUUGGAGGAGGGCGAGUAGUAAGAAGAGUUUGCCGGCUUGGAUUAGUGCUGCUGGGCGUACGCCGAGGGAGGAAAGGGGGCCGUUUUGGGAUGAGUACGUUAAUACGGCGAAUGCCCCUCAGGCGAGCGGUGAGUCGUGAAAUGUGAAACGUGAGGUGUGGGGUGUGCGACAAAGAUAACAAUACACGCAAGAAAGUCAAGAAAGAGGUUGAAGAAAGGUAUAGGUUACAAGGAGAGAAGUAUCGGUGUUUCGUUCGUUUUCUGUUG